AUGGAUGUUCAACAGCUUUUCGCGAAUCUUAAGAAAGAAACUGAAUGCCCACUGUGUUUGGAUACAGUGAACAAUCCCAAGACUUUGCCAUGUAUUCACUCAUUCUGCCUGGAGUGCCUUGACAAACACGCAAAUUAUGCAAGAAGACAGCUACAAGCAUCAAUCAAAUGUCCGGUUUGUCAGACAUCAUUUCAAAUUCCUGAAGGAGACUCGUUCAAGAAUUUGCCCACAUCUUAUCAUCUCAACCGAUUAGUGGAUGUUCUCGCUCUAAAAGAUGGCGGCGCACAGGCCCAGAAAUGCAGCAGUUGUGAUGAUAACAACACCGCUUCCUCCUACUGUUUCGUCUGCCAAAUAUUCCUCUGCACUGUUUGUUUUGAAGCUCAUCAGCGACUGAAGACCACAAGAGGUCAUCGCAAUGUUGUGAUAGAGAAAUUGCAAGUGCAAGAUGUUCAAGAGUUGAUCCACAGACCAGUCAUGUGUUCGCAGCAAUAUCACGAAAAUCAACCGCUGGAAUUUUAUUGCGAAGAAUGCAAAUGUCUUAUUUGCCAGAAAUGCUGUAUAGUAAGCCAUAAUCGACACACCAUAACAGACACUCAGAAAGCCGCGCAAGUACAGAAAAUGCAAAUGAAGGGCGCUUUGGAGAAAGUGAAAGCGGAAACUGUAAUUUACGAGAACGAAAUAAGGAAACAAACCGAGCUAAUGGACAAAACCAAAAAUGAGAUUUUGUCAGCGGAAAAGAAGAUGACAGAUACAGUGGAGGAACGUAUCCGUGAAUUACGGGAACAUGAGGUGGUCAUGAAAGCCAAAUUUGCUGAAAUUUAUGAAGCGCAACAAAAACAUCACGCAACACGACUAGAAAACUUUGAGUUGGUUCUGACUCAACUGCAUAGCUGCAUUGAGCGAGGUGAAAGCGCACUAGAAAGAAACGUCAGCGCCGAGAUUCUUCAAACAAAUCAGAUCAUUGUUGGACGCUGUAAAGAACUUUUGAAUGUAACAAAACCUGACAUUUAUAAACCACCACUCGUGCAUUACAUUGUCGAAAAUCAACCGGAUCCGGGUUUGGACCGAAUUGUGGUUAGUAAUACAGAUCCCUUACUUUCCGUAGCGGAAGUGAACAAUCAAGAAGUUGUAAGAGAAAAAACGGUGGCAAAUUUCAUCAUUGUAACUAGAGAUUCAGGUGGAAAGCAGUGUUAUCAUGAAGAUGAUCAAGUAAAAGUCAACAUUAUAACUCCAGCAGAUGAUCAACUGGAAACAGAGAUAAAAGACACUAAAGACGGCAAGUACACAGUAACAUACACACCACAGUGUGUUGGACAACAUGGAGUAGAGAUCCAAGUUAAUGGACAGCCGCUGACUGGUAGUCCCUGGGUUGUGCAGGUGAUUCCGCAUCAGUAUCAAUUUGCGUUUCAAUUUGGAUCAAAAGGAAAAGAGCAAGGACAGUUUAAUAUGCCUCGUGAUAUUGCUGUGCAUGAUAAAAGAAGGACGUGUGCUGUUGCUGAUUUCGAGAAUAAGAGAGUUCAGAUGUUUGGCUUUGAUGGGAAUUUCCUCAGAGAGAUAACAUUGGAAGCUAAAACGCUUUCGGUGACUUUUACCGAGUCUGGUGACCUCCUUAGCUUUGUUGCUCGAAGCGGCAAUAAGCUUUGCCUGUACACUGAGGGUGGUCAAUUCAUUCGAUACAUCAGCGACAAACAUAACAAGGUACCGUGGUACAUAUCUGAGAGUGAUGGUCGUAUAAUCACAUGUGACUUCGCUGACAAAACAAUCAAAGUUCUCAGCCCUGAUGGGAAAAACUUACUUCAGUCGUUCAGUGCUCCUGGUUGUGAUGCGGAGCCAUGGUGUGCUGUUUAUCAGCAGGACAAAUUUUUUGUCUCUUAUCCUGAAGCUAACCGUGUCAUGGUAUUUAACAUCGCAGGGGAGUAUGUAUAUGACAUUGGCAGUCAGGGAUCUGGUGACGGGCAGUUCUUGGGUCCCACUGCUCUCGCUAUUGACAAGUUUAACCGUUUGAUCGUUUGUGAUAGGAAUAACGAUAGACUGCAACUGUUCACUCUUGACGGAAAAUAUGUCGCUAAGGUAGCUGGGAGUUUUUUUGACCAUAAUAGCAAUCUUCUUGGUUGUGCCGUGUCUAAUACUGGACAUUUGUUUGUUACAGAUUACAACAAACACUGUAUUUAUGUUUUCAACUAG